UUAUUUUUUGUUUGUAACCUAAACCUAUAUAAUUGCAAUCCAUCAAUGAAAACCUUGGCGUUUCAGUUCAUCGUAUAUUUAUUUGUAUAUUUUGCAUUACUAUAUGAUACCUUUUGCACGAUCGACAUUAAUUUGAGUCAAUUGGAAUAUCUUGCUGCACGUUUAGAUCCAUUCGAAUGUCGACGUCUUAUUGCUGCUCUACAUUACACGUCGUACGAAUUGCCGAUGAAUUUGGCAGCAGCAGAACGCACGGUAGAAGAAGAUAUCCCGUGUAUAAGACAACUAGUUCAUUGGAAUAGUUCUCCAGAUGAAGGUCUUGGCCAAAGCCAUGAAGACUUGGUUCAUCGACUUCGUCAAAUAGGUCGCAAUGAUCUAGCUGAGUGGCUAGGCAAAUCCACUUUUAAACAUCUUGGAAUGGAUAUGGAAAGAAUUAUGGAUCAACCAUUCGAGAAAUUAGGAGAACAAGAAACUGAGACAUCUUAUCCAUUAACAAUCGUUCCAAUUGAAAGCCCUGAAAACGAUGAUUUUUGGUCUCAAUUAAAUAUCAUCUUAUUGGCAAUAAUGUUAGGUUUAAUGGGAACUUUGUUAACAUUAAUAGGAUAUAUUAUUUUUUAUAUAAUUAAAGUGCGUUUACGUAGAACAAAAUACAGAAAAAUGAAGCAAGAAGCAGAUAUUAAUAAACCAUGUGAAUAA